AUGCGUACUCGAUCGCAACCAAUAUCUCCUGGCGGUCUUCAGUCGCUGCAGACUGUUCCACGUAGGAAGAAAUCGCAGACGGACUCGACUCCCCCGAAUAUACCGAAACCAGUUAAAGAGGCAACAGCCAAAGGGACAAAAACCAAAAGCGAAAAGAAGACACCCGCAAAACGUGGCCCUAAGAAAGGGUCGAAGAAAUCAGCGACUAAAUCCGAAGAAUCCGCGACCAUUGACGGCGCCAAUGCACUUAGCCCUACCAAAGCCGCUGCCAGCGACGUACCUACACCCAAUGUUGAUGGUGAUGCCACCCCAGAACAGCCCGCAGAGGCAUCUACAAAUACAUGUGAGCAACCAAUUAUUUCUUCAACUUCUCCAAUUGUGACCACGCCCGUGGAUUCUUCUCCUGUCCCCAUACUGGUUGUUGCACCUGUUAUGGACCCAACAACUCCAACACCAUCAGUUUCUGGUCACCAGGCCCAUUUGGAAACCCAGGGUAAGCAGUCACCGUCUCCAAAGUCCGUGCCCAAAAGUAGUCUUUCUACUCUGUUUGAACGGGUUAGCUCCCCCGGAAAUAGAAAAUCCGGCCCCCAUGCGAAUUUCUCUUCCUCUGCAUCAGUGGGGUUUCCGAUUCCGCCAGCCGGUAAUCCUCAGGAGCCAAGCGGUGUUUGGCAAAUCCCAGCCACCAAUGCUCCUAGUGCUCAAUCGCUGGCUAACCCUUAUAAACAUUCUACCCGCCAUCAUAUCAUCCAACUUCCCUGUCAGAUCCUAGACACUCCCCGUACUCAAUGUAUUUCAUUGCCCUCUCUAGAUCGUUCAACCCCUAAUAUAGCUUUGGCAUUUAAGAAAAAGAGAUCUUUUUCAUUGCAUUCCCAAAACCCUGUUUCUCAAGGCUGCCAAAGCGAACUUGGGGUAAACUCACAUUCCGUCUCUCAAAUUGCUCGCCCUCGUCCAAUAGGCGCGCUCAAUCUGGACAUGCGAGCUUAUCCCACUUCAUCGUAUCGUCCGCUACCAGCGGUGCGAGGCCUUCGAACUCUCUUAAUUCGACCAGGGUAA